CCCCUCACCUGCCCCAUGCGGGAAGCGAGCCCCACGCGAGGAGGGGGCUGUUUCGUGCCGGCCGCAGCCGUGUCCUCGCGUGCAUUCCUGGGCCAUGAGUUCAUGGCUGCACGUGGGCCCGGCCGUGGCGCGGCGCGGGGGGACAUGGGCCACGGCGGUGAUGUCAGGGCACGGAGCCCGAGCCCAUCCUGCUCCAUCCACGGGGCCAGCGCCGGCGGAAGCGGUUCCGCAUCCUCCGGGGACGGCGGCCGGAAGCCACCAUCCCCGAUGGGAGACAGCGUCGUCCCCCCCGCCUCGCCUGGGGGUGCCCUGCAGGGAGAGCGCACCCCCUCGCAGCGUGACCUGCCCGUCCCUGCAGCCGUGCUCCCCUCGGCGCAGCCCCUGUCUCCCAUCCCUGCCACCAUCACCCCUUCGGAAGAGCUCGUCUCAGCCGCCCCUGCAGCCCUGACCCCCCCCAAGCACCCCAUCGGUGCCCCCACCGUGACACCCCCCUCCGGGAGCACCCCCCCGCAGCGUGACCACCCCAUCCCUGCAGCCGCCACGCCACCAGGACAGCCCGGGUCCCCCAGCCCUGCAGCCCCCUCAGCAGAGAGUGCCUCCCCUCAGUCCCUGCCCAAGCCCCCCCCGCCCGUGACAGAGCCCCCCAAAGCAGAGGCAUCACCCCCUGCCCCCAGCCAGCCCGUCCCCAUCCACGCUGCUGCCCCUUGCCCAGCAGAGACCCUGCCCCACGGGAGCGAACCCCCGGCCCCAGCUGCCGGUGAAGGCCCCCCCCCCGAUGCCAAGACCCCCGUGUGUGGCACAGCCGGGCCCUCGAAGGAUGCCCCCCCCCGGAGCGACCGCCCCACCGCAGCUGCAGCCUCGCCAGCAAGUGCCGCCAGCCCCAGGCCCAAGCAAGAUACCCAGAAAGCGCAGGCGAGGCACAAGCAGGCGAAGGAGCGGCGCGAGGAGCGAGCCAAGUACCUGGCCGCCAAGCGGGUGCUGUGGCUGGAGAAGGAGGAGAAGGCCAGGCUGCUGCGGGAGAAGCAGCUGGAGGAGCGCCGCAAGCGCCUGGAGGAGCAGCGGCUGAAGGCGGAGAAGCGCCGAGCGGUGCUGGAGGAGCGGCAGAGGCAGAAGCUGGAGAAGAACAAGGAGCGCUACGAGGCAGCGAUCCAGCGAUCGGUCAAGAAGACGUGGGCAGAGAUCCGGCAGCAGCGGUGGUCCUGGGCUGGAGCCCUGCACCACGGUUCUCCUGCACACAAGGAUGGUGCGAGCCGGUGCUCGGUGUCCGCUGUAAACCUCCCCAAACACGUCGACUCUAUAAUCAACAAGCGGCUCUCCAAAUCCUCCGCCACCCUCUGGAACUCUCCCAGUAGAAACCGGAGCUUGCAGCUUAGCCCAUGGGAGAGCAGCAUCGUGGACCGGCUGAUGACACCCACCCUGUCCUUCCUCGCACGCAGCCGCAGCGCCGUGACGCUGGCUGGGAACGGCAAGGAGCAGGUGCCCGUGUGCCCCCGCUCGGCCUCCGCCAGCCCCCUCAGCCCCUGCCACAACCACCGCCUGCAGCACCGCUGCUGGGACAGGCGGAAGGGGACCACGGCCAGCCCCGACGUGACGCCGCGCCGCAGGACCGAGGCGUCGCCCAAGAAGAAGGAAAAGAAGGAGAAGGAUCGGGAGAACGCCAAGGAGCGCAGCGCCCUGUCCCGCGAGCGCAGCCUCAAGAAGCGGCAGACGCUGCCGGCGGCACAGCCCCGGCUCCUGCCCGCUGCCGACAGCAGCCCCGGCCCCAAGAACCGUCCCUCGUCCCCUGCCACCCCCAAAACCCGUCCAGCGUCCCCCAGCCCGGCUCUCGGCUCUCCCCACAAGCCGCCCCUGCCCCGCAGCACCCACUCCUCUCCCAAGGUGCGGGCCAGGGCCCGGGAGGAGCGGGGGGAGCAGGAGAGCCAGGCGAAGAUGCGGGACAAGAAGGAGGAGGAGCGGGGCCCGGCCCCCCCGGCCCUCCCCGAGCCCCCCAAGGCUCCCGCAGAGCCAGCAGCAGCCCCCCCGGCCCCUGCAGCCCCCAGCCCGGCUCCAGCCACCCCCCCGGGCAGACCCCCCGCCGGCACCACGGACCGGGAGGAGGCUGCGCGGCUGCUGGCGGAGAAGCGGCGCCAGGCGCGGGAGCAGCGGGAGCGGGAGGAGCGGGAGCGCCGGGAGCAGGAGGAGCAGCAGAGGCGGCUGCAGGAGGAGCGGGCGCAGCGGGCGGCCGAGGAGCAGGCGCGCAGGGAGGCCCUGGCGCGGCAGCGGGACGAGGAGCGGCGGCUGCAGGAGGAGCAGGAGGCCCAGGAGAGAGCACGGGCGGAGCGGGAGGAGACGGAGCGGCUGCAGAGACAGAGGGAAGAGGCCGAGGCCAGAGCACGCGAAGAGGCUGAGCGGCAGCGGCUGGAGCGCGAGAAGCACUUCCAGCGUGAGGAGCAGGAGCGGCUGGAGAGGAAGAAGCGCCUGGAGGAGAUCAUGAAGAGGACGCGCAAAUCUGACGCAGCAGAUGCCAAGAAGAAGGAGGACAAGAAGGUGGUGAAUGGCAAAGCAGCCGAGCAGGACGAUGUCCCCGGCCAUGAGAAGCACGCGGGGCCCAUGUCAAAGCAGGAGGAGCUCCCCGAGAUGGAGACACCGAGCGCAGGGACUCCGGGGGGGCUGAAGGGCCUGGUGGGUGAAGGGCUGCAGCCAAGCUCCCAAGCCAAGGAGGUGGCAGCCCCGGCCUCCCUGGUGAACGGCGUGCAGCCCGGCAAGCACGAGAACGGCUUCUCGGGCCCGGAGGGCUCCAAGGAGCUGCUGGAGCUCUCCCACCACAGCAGCAGCCCCGGCAGCAUCAUCCCCUUCAGUGACAAGGAGCCCUUCCUCAAGCAGGCCGUGGUCAAACCCCCCCAGGUCACAGAGGUGCUGUGAGGCCGGGCCCUGGGAUGUGUCCCCGCUGCGCCACGCAGCCGGACCUGUGGCUGUUGUCAGAAGAGAACACCUCGCUCCUGGUCCUGCCGUGCUGCGGGGGGGGGCCGGGCGCUGCGGACCCUCGCGAGGCGCUGCGGGGACGCCUGAUUUCUCUCUUUGUUCUUUGUUCUUCUUUCAGUUUUGUUUCAUUUUUUAAAUAUGCACCUUAUCAGACACCCCCCCCACCCCCCCCGCCGGAGCCGCCCCAGACGUGUGCUGUAAUAAUGUAGUUAUUUAACUUGCUGGGUACAAUGUAUGUGAAUACUGUAAAUAGAGCUCGGCCAGACACGGGGGAUGCCGCCUGGCCCGGCCCUGCGUGGGGCAGGGGGGUUUGGGGUGCGCAGCUCAGGCAGGAAGGCUCAGCCCGGCCUGGGAAGAGUGUGUGUGUGGGGGGGGGGGAUUGUUCCCCAUGCCCACGUCCCCACGCAUGCCCCCGGAGCACCCGCACCGGGCCCGGGCGGUGCCGCGCUGCUCUCCGUGCCGUUGUGACAGUGUUAAUGCAUCCAGACAACCUCUGCGAACAAUAAAGUGGACAACUGCC